ACCGUGGCCUUUACGCGGAUGAAGGAGUAGAGUAAUUGACAAUAAACACAUAUCGUAAGCCUUCGUCAAUGUAACCCUGUUUGUGAAACAGUCUUAAAUAUCAUAUUAUCAAUGGUAGAACUAUAUUAGGAAGGCGUCGUCUGAGGCUUUACAGCGGGUUGGACACGGAGAAAUGGAGCAUAUCCGCACACCAAAGGUGGAGCAGGUGCGACUGCUGGAUCGCUUCAGUAACAAAUCCACAAAUGGCACACUGUACCUCACAGCUACACAUCUUAUCUUUGUGGAGAGCAGCUCAAACAACUCGACAUCUGCAGGGCAGGAGGUCUGGAUCCUACAUCACCACAUAGCGUCUGUGGAGAAGCUCUCGCUGACCACUACAGGUUGUCCUCUGGUCAUCCAGUGUCGUAACUUCAGGGUGGUUCACUUUGUGGUGCAGAGAGAAAGAGACUGCCAUGACAUUUACAGCUCGCUCUUACGUCUUCUACGGCCCGUUUCCUAUGAGGAGCUCUAUGCGUUCUCCUACAACCCCAAACAGAACGAUCAGCAGAGGGAGGAAGGGUGGCAGCUCAUCGACCUUGGGGCCGAGUUCGAGAGGAUGGGUGUCCCCUGCGACCAAUGGCAGCUCACCAACGUCAACAGAGAGUACAAGGUGUGUGAGACAUAUCCUCGGGACCUGUAUGUUCCCAUCACAGCCAGUAAGCCAAUCAUUGUGGGGAGCUCAAAGUUCAGAAGCAAAGGACGCUUUCCUGUUCUCACAUACUUCUACCAAGAAAAGAAGGCAGCAGUGUGUCGCUGCAGUCAGCCUCUGUCUGGGUUCAGUGCACGAUGCCUAGAGGAUGAGAGCAUGCUGCAGGCUAUCAGCAGGGCCAAUCACAACAGCCCAUAUAUCUACGUCAUGGAUACCAGGCCAAAGUUGAAUGCACUGGCAAACCGUGCAGCUGGUAAAGGCUAUGAGAACGAGGACAACUACUCCAACAUCCGCUUUCAGUUUGUUGGCAUUGAAAACAUCCACGUGAUGAGGACCAGCCUGCAGAAGCUCCUGGAAGUGAUCGGGACUCGUGCUCUGACCAUGAGCGACUAUCUGGUCGGUCUGGAAAGCAGUGGCUGGUUGCGACAUAUCAAGGCUGUUGUAGAUGCGGCUAUCUUCCUCACCAAGGCGGUGACAGUGGAAGGAGCCAGCGUGUUGGUUCAUUGUUCAGACGGGUGGGACAGAACAGCCCAGGUGUGCUCACUGGGGGCGCUGCUCAUGGACCCUUACUACCGCACCAUCAAGGGCUUCAUGGUGCUGAUAGAAAAAGACUGGAUCUCCUUUGGACACAAGUUUGCAGACAGGUGUGACCAGUUGGACGGGGAUCCAAAGGAGGUGUCUCCGAUCUUCACUCAAUUCCUGGAGUGUGUUUGGCAGCUGACAGAACAGUUCCCACAGGCGUUUGAGUUCAGUGAGUGGUUCCUGCUGCAGAUCCAUGAGCACGUCCACUCCUGCCAGUAUGGAAACUUCCUCGGCAACAAUCAGAGACAGAGAGAGGAGCUGCAGUUGAGGGAGCGGACUCACUCACUGUGGGCUUUUCUCAUGAGUGAGAAACAGAACUACUUGAACCCGUUCUACAGCCCUGAUUACGCCUACGCUCACCCCGUGUUGACGCCCUCCACUCUGCCCUACAAUUUCAAGUUCUGGAGGAAUAUGUACCACCAGUUUGAUCGCUCCAUGCAUCCACGCCAGUCCAUCCUCAAAACCAUCCUGACGCUUAGAGAGAACAGCUGCAAGACUGAGAUCACGCUGCAAGCACUGGAGAGUCGGCUCCACCAGCUUGGUGUCACCCCUGUUGUGACCUCUGACCCCCCUGCACCGCCUCCCACCAGAGAUCAGCGCUCAAACACCCUCCCACCCCGUCCCGACUCCCUCAUCCUGGGGGCCCCCAUCAACCACAAGGAAGUGCAGCGACAGGAAGAGGAUGAGCAGGAGGAGGUGGGCGAGGAGGCCACGGAAAGCUUCGACACGGAGCGGACAGUAGAGGGCAGCAGUGGCACCGAGAGCAGGAAACAGAGCUACGGGGAGCUGGAUGGGACAUACAGCAGCGAGUUGGCCAAAGAGGAGCCAGCUGUUGUCAGUCUGGAGUUUGGCGUGGCUCGUAUGACCUGCUGAGAUCAAACAGAGGGGAUUGUGGGAUUGAGAGGGGCGGGCAGUGAUGAGUGAAAGAGCUCGGUGUAAGUACGUGUGCGUGUGGAGGGGAAUAUGUGGCUCUGUAUGUGAUACGUCCUGAUUACACAAAGGCCCCCAAAGGGUCGAGUGGAUGAAAGUGUACGUGUGUAUAGUCUUAAUGUUUAUGGGAAGCCUCCUGAUUAUGUCAUAAACUGCACCUAUAGGAAAAGCUUGUUUUUUUUAUGAAUGUUGAAAGCACUAUAAAGAAUUAAUGAAUAGAAUAAGAAAAUAAA